UUAGAGUUCAACCUGCCCGCCUUCUGGAGGCAGGAGAAACAAGAUGGCAGAUCAACAAGACAAACGGGACUUGUCUUAGUUAAUCUAACUUUUCCCACUGUUGAUUUCUACACAUUAAAAAUAUAUACAAUUAGCUAGACAAAGCAAUCUAGCUCCCACGCCUUUUUAUGGUUGAUAUAUCAGCUACUUAAAGCGAGAUUUCACAGAUUAGCUGAUUGCUAACUGCCGUUAGACAGCUAAGCUAGGCUAGGCUAAGCUAGCCUGUUUCUGUCUGGUCGGACUGGGGUUAGACUGCUAAGCUAGGCUAGGCUAGCUUGUUUCUGUCUGGUCGGAGCGUAGUGAGACCUGCCAUCAUGCAGGACCUGAUAGCCACCGUGGACCACAUCAAGUUUGAUCUAGAGAUGGCUGUGGAGCAGCAGCUAGGGGCUCAGCCUCUUCCUUUCCCCGGGAUGGACAAGUCCGGGGCUGCUGUGUGUGAGUUCUUCAUGAGAGCAGCCUGUCUCAAAGGUGGGAUGUGUCCUUUCCGUCACAUCAGUGGGGAGAAGACAGUGGUGUGUAAACACUGGCUCAGAGGACUCUGUAAGAAGGGAGACCAGUGUGAGUUUCUACACGAGUACGACAUGACCAAGAUGCCCGAGUGUUACUUCUACUCCAAGUUCGGAGAGUGCAGUAACAAGGAGUGUCCAUUCCUCCACAUCGACCCAGAGUCUAAGAUCAAAGACUGUCCCUGGUAUGACAGAGGCUUCUGCAAACAUGGUCCAGACUGUAGACACCGCCACACCAGAAGAGUAAUCUGUAUGAACUACUUGGUUGGUUUCUGUCCUGAGGGCCGGUCCUGUAAAUUCAUGCACCCGCGGUUUGAGCUGCCGAUGGGAGCCACGGAACAGCCUCCUCUACCAGCACAGAUACUGGGUCACCAGAAGCCGUUGCCUUCGCUUGGCCGCUCGUCCCUGUCACUCAUCCAGCUGACCAAUCCUGGGGGAGGUGCAGGUCCUCACCAGCAUCAACACCAUCAACGCCAGCCGUACUCCUCUGGUCCCAGCAUGCAUCAGCACCACAACAACAUGGGAGGAGGGAACAGGGGUCCACGCCCACUAGACCAGGUCACCUGCUACAAGUGUGGUGAGAAGGGCCACUAUGCCAAUAAAUGCACCAAAGGACACCUGGCCUUCCUCAGUGGACAGUAACUCUCUCACAACCCCGCGGUUGGACUCAGUUCAGCUGGAAGACGGUGGAGAGCAGAGCACAACGUCUGUAGAUUGAGAUGCUAUCUUGGCUGAGUCGUCAGGAACCCUGGACCUCUGGACAGACGGACCUGUUUCUAGAACGGACAGACCUGUUUCUAGAUCGGACCGACAGACCUGUUUCUAGAUCGGACCGACAGACCUGUUUCUAGAUCGGACCGACAGACCUGUUUCUAGAUCGGACCAACAGACCAGUUUCUAGAUCGGACCGACAGACCUGUUUCUAGAUCGGACCUGUUUCUAGAUCAGACCUGUUUCUAUAUCGGACAGACAGACCUGUUUCUAGAUCAGACCUGUUUCUAUAUCGGACACACAGACCUGUUUCUAGAUCGGACCGACAGACCUGUUUCUAGAUCAGACCUGUUUCUAGAUUGGACAGACAGACCUAUUUCUAGAUCAGACCUGUUUCUAGAUUGGACAGACAGACCUGUUUCUAGAUCGGACCGACAGACCUGUUUCUAGAUCAGACCGACAGACCUGUUUCUAGAUCAGACCUGUUUCUAGAUUGGACAGACAGACCUGUUUCUAGAUUGGACACACAGACCUGUUUCUAGAUUGGACAGACAGACCUGUUUCUAGAUUGGACAGACAGACCUGUUUCUAGAUCAGACCGACAGACCUGUUUCUAGAUCAGACCUGUUUCUAGAUUGGACAGACAGACCUGUUUCUAGAUCAGACCUGUUUCUAGAUUGGACAGACAGACCUGUUUCUAGAUCGGACCGACAGACCUGUUUCUAGAUCAGACCUGUUUCUAGAUCGGACCGACAGACCUGUUUCUAGAUCAGACCUGUUUCUAGAUCGGACCUGUUUCUAGAUCAGACCUGUUUCUAUAUCGGACAGACAGACCUGUUUCUAGAUCAGACCUGUUUCUAUAUCGGACACACAGACCUGUUUCUAGAUCGGACCGACAGACCUGUUUCUAGAUCAGACCUGUUUCUAGAUUGGACAGACAGACCUGUUUCUAGAUUGGACAGACAGACCUGUUUCUAGAUCGGACAGACAGACCUGUUUCUAGAUCGGACCGACAGACCUGUUUCUAGAUCGGACCUGUUUCUAGAUCGGACCUGUUUCUAGAUCGGACCUGUUUCUAGAUCGGACAGACAGACCUGUUUCUAGAUCGGACCUGUUUCUAGAUCAGACCUGUUUCUAGAUCGGACAGACAGACCUGUUUCUAGAUCGGACAGACAGACCUGUUUCUAGAUCGGACAGACAGACCUGUUUCUAGAUCGGACAGACAGACCUGUUUCUAGAUCGGACAGACAGACCUGUUUCUAGAUCGGACAGACAGACCUGUUUCUAGAUCGGACCUGUUUCUAGAUCGGACAGACAGACCUGUUUCUAGAUCGGACAGACGGACCUGUUUCUAGAUCGGACAGACGGACCUGUUUCUAGAUCGGACAGACGGACCUGUUUCUAGAUCGGACAGACGGACCUGUUUCUAGAUCGGACAGACGGACCUGUUUCUAGAUCGGACAGACGGACCUGUUUCUAGAUCGGACCGACGGACCUGUUUCUAGAUCGGACAGACAGACAGACCUGUUUCUAGAUCG